AUGGCUCUAGUCGUCGACCCAAACCUCGAAAUGGUACCAGAUUUCGCUGGUAAUCUGUACGCAGGCAUUCGCGCAGACCUCGGAGCUGCCACAAACCAGACCGGAGAAGAAGUUGUAGCCCGUCUCACGGAGACAUGGAACGCAGACCACAACGCAAGAGUAGCGGAAUGGAACCAAGACCGAGAAGCAGAAGCUAGAGUCCUUGCAGAAGCAGAAAGGGCACGAACCGCGCAGGAGAAUGAAGAGCGCACCCAGUGGGAAGCUGAAACAGAGAGGGAGCGGACAGAAGCUGAAAAGAAGAAGCCAAAGAUGAACGGCUUUGAGCACGCAUCAUCCGUAGGAGAUUACCUGACUCCCCGUCCCGCUCAAUACGCAAUUCAGAAACUCACCAAUUUCGAAUAUGUAGAGCUAUGGUACUUCUCGCCGGAAGGGUGCAAAGACGCCCUCAAGUCUUCACGCUCAGUGGCCGACAACGACAUGAGCAUAACGAGGACAGAUGACCAACUCACGCUACGGCCCACCUCAGCGUUCAAAGCGUCGAAAGCGGCCAUGGCCGACCAUGAGUUAUCAUUCUCGAUUUUCCUCCGAGCAAAGAACUUAUUCCUCAUUCAAAUCAGCAAAGCCAAGUGGCCCCAACCAAACAUCGACGCACUGUCGUUGUUCUUCUGGCACCUUGAGAACCACUCGAUUCGAAACAACAGUGAAAUCGGUGACAUGGUGAUCUUGACAUACGCAUCACGCGUACGUCAAGAUUGGCACGACCGUCUCAAACGCGACGAGGGUUUCAACAUUGGUAACAUCAACGAGAACCUCAUUCGGACAAUCAACGAGGAGUUGUGGGAUAAAGUUCGCUCUCGCACAUGGAACAUCGUACGUACCCAGUCUUAA